AUGGGAUGGUUACUGGAAAUGCGAAGUGCCGCGGGUCGAGCCACACCUCUGUCCCAGACGUUCGAUUCGGUUCGUCAAGCUUUCUUACGAAUUGAUGUUGAUGGCCAAGUGCGUAUUGACGAGGACACCUAUGCUGCCGACGCCUAUCGUGUCCCAUGCUCCAAGGAACAGUUCGUCUCCACUCCGAAUACAGCGUGCAGCAAGCGAUGCCUUCUCGUCUCGGUCGAUCCGAUGAAGUCGUAUUUGAUCUUUCUAGCUUGCAUCACAGAUCUUCGAUACACGCUUCCGAUGCAGGCAGUCGUGGAUUGA